AUGCCGGUCCUCCGCUCCCCGUUCGCCGGGGGCGACCUCCCCUCCGGCGACGCCGACCCCGACUACCUCUAUUUCCUCGAGCACAUCCGCCUCGACGGCGACUCCUACACCCUCGAGCUCCCGGCCAACGGCGACUCCCCGGCCUCGCUCCUCAAGUACGAGGCCCCGCUCGUCAGCUCCUCCGACGGCGAGUGCGUCUCCGAUCCCUCCCCGGGCCGCCUCAGCAGCAACCGCCGCGCAGUGGAGGAGAGGGAAUCGUCCGAGUCGGCGUCAUUGGAGACGGCUCCCGCGUGGUACGAUUCCCUCGAUGACGUCGACGAGGACUACCGCCUCUUCCUGCGGCACACGAGCCUUGUGGAUGGCCAGUUGGUCCUCGAGAUCGGGGGCGUCGUCGUCAACUACGAUGAGCCGGUUGCGGCGGGGUCUCGGGGGGAGAAGGGUACGCAGCGGGCGGAAGAGGCGGCCUUUGCUUCACCGGGGGAAGGGGUCGGUGUUGCAGCGGGGAGCGAUGAGGUUGCCUCCGGUGCUCCGGCGACAGUUGUUCCGGAACAGAACGCGUCCGAUUGGCGUGCGGAUCCAUCGCCACGGCGUGAGGUGAACGAUGGCGGAGAUGAGGGGCUGUCGGAUGCAAACACGCUGAAGGGCGCGUAUCGGGAGGCGAGCUCAAGCGAUGGCCGUCGUGCAGGACACCCUACUAAUUCGAGGGGGAAAGUAGAAAAGGAAGGUAUUAUAUGGCCUACACAUAUCACACGAAGGCCAGAUUCAGAUUUCAAGCGAAGGUUGAUCAAGGCUCUUGCAAAGCCAGUUGCUCCGAAGGAGUAUUAUAGAUUGUUUGAGACAGUUACUAUCCGUACUCCGUUAAUGAAGCUGCGGCAGGUCCGUAAUGAAACAAAAUCAUAUCCUGCGGAAGAGAUGGGCAAAUCAUAUUUGGAGCAUUACCCUGAUCUGGCCGACCAAAUUAUGAAAAGUGGUAGUCUCUAUGGUCUAGCUCUGAUGCGGGGGUUUCUCUUCUGGUUGCAGGCUGUUGCAUACCUAAGCAGCAAUGUGAAUCUGCUAACUUUGAGCUUCAUUCUUCUGCAGAACAAUGUACAUGAAGAUCAGUUCAAGCCAUGGGUAGAUGAUUCUAAAGAACAGGAGGUUAUUUGUUUGGUGGACUGA